AUGUACUCAUUGGAGGGAUCAGAUUGGGCUUAUCUUCCAAAACACUUAUUGGAUUUGAUUAUGCACAAAUUGGUUUCGAUUUCCGAUUGUGUUCGCUUUGGUGCAGUUUGCAAACCAUGGCUAUCUAUGGCAAUGGAGAACAAGGUUAAAUUCUUUGAAAAUAAAUGGUGCAGACAAGUUCCAUUUUUGAUGGUCUCUACUGAAGAUAGCAAUGAAAGACGUAGUCUUUACAACAUUAGUCAUAAUAAAUUAUAUGAUUUCGAAUUACGGAUACCGUACAAAAAGAGGUUUUGUGGUUCUUCACAUGGUUGGUUGUUUACUGUUGAAGAAUCAUUCGCCAUAACCCUAAUCAAUCCGUUCUCUAGUGAUACCAUUCAGCUUCCUCCGAUUAUGGACCGUGCUGAAUUUGACCGUGCUGAAGAUCAUGUUGAGUUUGACCCCGAAAUCGAUUAUUAUGACACAACUCUUGGUGAGGUUGAAGAUGAUGUUGAAAGUGAACACGAAAUCGAUUAUUAUGACACAACUCUUGAUGAGGUUGAAGUUGAAUUUGAAGUUAUGAAGGCUACAUUGUCUGCUGACCCUGUUUCAUCUCCUAAUGACUAUAUUGUUAGUGCGAUCUAUAGUGGUUAUAAAAGACUGGCAUUCAUUCAUCCAGGAGAUGACGCUUGGACUUACAUUGAUAAAGAGAGAUUUAACCUCAUCUUUGAUGUUAUAUAUUAUAAAGGCAAUAUUUUUGCAGUUGAUUAUUGGAGUAGAAUCAUAAUGGUUGAUCUUAAUAGAAGGGAUGGGGAGAGUAUGGCUGCUCAAGUGAAGGUAAUUGCACCAAAGACUAAUGUGCGCAAUGAGCGAACGUAUCUUGUCGAAUCAUCUAACGGGGAUUUACUUCUUGUGCAAAGGAUUAUAAAAUAUGAUGAUAAAAAUAGUUGUCAGCAUGAAACUUUAGGGUUUAAGGUUUUCAAGUUGCUCUUAGAACAACUUGAACAGGGUUGGCCUAAGCGGGUUGAAAUGAAGAGUUUGGACGGAGACACCCUAUUUUUGGGAGAUAAUCAUUCAAUUUCUGUUUCAGCUUCCAAAUGGCCGGGUUGCCAGCCAAAUUCCAUAUACUACACUGAUGACUAUAUAGACCUUAACUUUCAUCCUCCAUUUGGUCGUUGUGACAUUGGUAUCUUCAACAUCGAGAAUGAAUGUUUUGGGACGCAUUACACUUUUGAUCCUUCACAUAAGGAUAUGCCACCCUCAAUUUGGAUUGUGCCAACCAUGUUAGGAAACUGA